AUGGCUUCAAAAAUAUCUCCUUUCCGAAUAGUCGCUGCUGGGCUUACCCAGCCUGCGUGUAGGCGCGCCCCACGCUGCAUUCUACCUUUCUGUUCACAAUCUCAACCGAGCUCUCGACGAAGAAUAUCAUCUACCCACGCUUCUCGAGAACAGCAGGCUGUGUCAGCUGCAAUUCCACGAUGGCAGCAAACCCCACCUGCUAUGAAAGCUCCAGUCAGGUUGCGUGAAUCUCCGAAUAGUACCGAAUUCAAGGUCAAUUCCGACCCUGCGGUACUGGACAACUUCUAUUUGCGAAUGCUAGGGAAAGACGGAGACAAAUUACUGUCUGAAGAAGUUAAAUGGCAAGCAGUCACGCAUAAAAGUUUUGAUCAGGGGAGGAGAGGGUUUAAUGACCGACUGGCCUAUUUUGCAUCCCUCGCCCUCGUCCAGAAUCCCGCAGCCUACGCCCCAUCAGCAAAGGCGGAUCCGUUUGGAAGACAGCCGUACGAGUCUCCUGCCCUUAAGGGACUUGAAGUUUUAUCUCAGGACACGAGGUCCCGAUUGACAGGGAGGAGGGAAAUGGCAGCACUAGCCAGACAUUAUGGCAUUAAUGAUGUUAUGAGAUGGGUACCGAGAAAGCAACACAAUCUGACUGAAUCUGGGGUUGACACGAUAUACACCCAUGCUAUGUAUGCGAUCGUCGGAGCCAUUGCACUUGAAAACGGAAGCAAGGUCGCAAACGAGAUAGUCCGGGAUAGAAUCCUGAAACCCCUGGGCUUCCAACUCGGAAGCGCCUAA